AUGAAAUCAGAUACGGAGCUAUUAUUAUGUGUUCUUUAUGAAAAAUGUGAUUGGGAUCUUUAUGAGUUUUUGAAAGGUAUUCCUCGCGAUAUGGGUGAUAGCCAAUGCCGAAAAAUUGCUAAACAAAUUCUCGAAGGUUUGCAUUUUCUUCACAUUCAUUUAAUUAUUCAUCGAGAUCUGAAGCCUCAAAAUAUCCUGAUAAAUAGGGAUCAAAAUGUGAAAAUAACCGAUUUUGGUCUCGCAAGGCACUUUUCGGCGCAGUCUUCAUUCACUCCUGUUGUAGUAACAUUAUGGUAUAGAAGUCCUGAACUUCUCCUGCAAUGCCCCUACAAUACUGCAGUAGAUGUUUGGGCUGCUGGUUGUAUCAUUGCAGAAUUAUAUUCGAGAGAUCCUCUUUUUCCUGGAAAAACUGAAGUUCAACAACUGAAUCUUAUAUUUCAGAAAUUAGGAACUCCAAGUGCUGAAGAAUGGCCUCGAACAGCUAUUGUUAGCCGAAACCACUUUUCUUCUUUUCCUGCACAAUCUUUUUCAAGAAUAACACCGAGAGUACCUAACGAAGGACGCGAUCUUCUCAUUUAUUUUCACGUCAAUUUAUGCACAAUUUUUCAGGCUAUGCUCAAAUUCAAUCCGAAUCAGCGUCCAACGUGCGCAAAAGCGCUCAAAUUUCAAUAUUUCAACAAAAGCGAUGUCGUAAAUAAUGAUAACGCAGAGAAUAAUGUCAAACUUUGA